UCUCAAAUGCUUUCGCUAAGCCGAUGACUUUGGAAGAAAAUAUUGAAGCUGUGUUGCCAUCCAACGGAGUCCUCAUGGUGAAACAUGAUCAACAUGUUGUAUUGACUAAUGGCUUGGUCAACCUCACAUUGUCAAUACCAGAUGGUAUGGUCACUGGUGUGACAUACAAAGGGAGUGCCAAUACCAAAAAUAAAGAAGAUAAUAGGGGGUAUUGGAAUGUGGUUUGGAACAAGCCGGGCGAUAAAACCAUCAUGGAUAAGUUUCCAGGAACAAGCUACAAAAUUGUAAUGCAAAGCAAAGAUCAAACAGAAAUCAGCUUCACCUCAACAUGGGCUGUUGGAAGUUCAAGAGUUCCUUUAAACAUUGAUAAAAGAUAUGUAAUGCUACGAGAUUCUCCUGGAUUUUAUACAUACACUGUGCUGGAGCGAUUGAAGGAAUGACCAUCUUUUCUAAUAUAGGAAGGGCGAAUCGUGUUCAAGCUACAAGAAGACAAAUUUCAUUACAUGGCGAUGUCGGAUGAGAGACAAAGGGUUAUGCCAAUGUCUGAGGAUCGAUCUAACCGGGAACCUCUUGCCUAUCCGGAAGCUGUUCUCUUAACCAAUCCAUCAAAUCCCCAGCUUAAAG